AUGGGGUCUUCAAAGUCGAAGCCCAGUGGAUCGUACGAGUCGGCCAUUCGAUGUGAGUAUUCUGGGCGCCAAAAUCUCACCGUGAUGAUAUAUUUUGGAUACUGUAGAUUGGGCCUUACGGAAUACGCAUCAACUCUUGUUUCGCGUGUGAAUUGUCGUCUUCAUUAUACAGGAAGGUGGCGGAGUUUGGGGGUUUCCGGGGCGCGUGAAUUGUGGACGAAAGCGAUCGGGUACCUGUUGGCGGCGGACGGGCUGCGAUCUGAAACAUCAUUUCGUUGGGAGAGAAUUGAUCUCAAAGCAAUCACGAUCUUGUUUUUAGUUUUUACCUUUUGCUCCCAUUAUCCCUCAAGAUCAACGAUCACGUUUUCCUCUUAUCCAACAUCUCCUCCGCCGCUACGACGAAUCCACGAGGCCGCAGGUGCCCUCCCGCGGUGGCGCAAUCGAACGGUUUUUUUGUGUUGCUGGGUUGUCGGCAUCUUGUGCACUGGGAUGUACUCUCGUGAGCGUGGAAAGGGGGGAAACGAUGGGCUGCUCGACCAGCCUGUUCUGUUCAAAACAAAAGGCAACGAAGUGAUGCCCUUAAUAGAUGGCGGUCUAAAAAGAAUCGUGCAUCCCCUAUGUGCCAAGGUUCUGGUUCUUCUCCGUCGCCUGACCACUUCGAGUGAUGAUGCUUUGGCGGAGGUGACAUGUGUUGGUGCGACUGCUGUGCCGACCACUGCGGCAAGUUCUAGGCUGAACGAUGGGCGCCAUUUGUUGGGCUCAGUACCAUCCGAGCCGUCCAGAUUGCGGGAACAACGUUGUUGUCAACACUGCGGUGCUAAAAAGAUAGCAUAUGAAACAGUUAAUUUUUCUUGUUCUGAAGGUGCCAUAAAAUUGGCGACUCACCCUAUACCUGAUUUGUUGAAGGACUUAUUGUUUUUGUCAUCGCAUGAGUCGCAGCUGUUUAGAACUUGCAUAAGAACGAUAAAUAAUCAAUUUGCGUUUACUUCGUUGGGGGUUAAAUAUGAUCAAGAAUUAAGCAAACGUAAUAGAGGUGUGUAUACGUUUAGAAUUCAAGAAUCAGCAAAUAAUCUUCAAUUAUACUUUCAUGACACAUCACAUGAGGUGUCCAAUUGUUUAGCUGCCUGUCCACGUCUAACUGAGUCAAUAACUGUAAAGAUUUUGAAAAUUCUAGAGAGCAAUCCAUACGCUAAAUCAGGUGCGCAAAAAAUCAAUGGGCAACAUGUGAUUGCUUUUGUGAGGACCUUUCAAGCUAAUGGCCCAAAUUACUUGGUCGUGACGUUGUACAAAGAUACAGAUGUAGAGGUGUUGUUUAAUCCCCAUGGAAAUGAAGAGGCCAUUGAGGAAUCACCUAAACAGUCUCAGGAUGUUGAGUCUCAAGUGUUCACUCCUACCGCCGACCACUAUUUCAAAGAAAGUGGUGUUGCAUCCGUGACUAAGCCAUGCUGCCUUAAACGCGACAUGUCGGUCAAACGCCUCUCGCCUUUGUUGAAGAUGGACCUUCUACAGCUGAACUGCCAGAAAUAA